CCCACUUUUGAGAAGAUUACGCGGACAAUCGAGUUAGAAACACAUGACAUGAACGCCGUUUGGAGGGAAAGCGGACGGAUGUAGUGGGACAGAGGCAGGUCGGCACGCCACGGGUCGAGUCAGAGCCGAGCAGCACGCGGAGGCUAAACCUGUGUGGAGAUAUUUGGAGUUGGAGGAGGACACUGGUACUUCUCUGAUCCCAGGAAGAAGACAGAAAAUACCCUCUCAGAGCACCUUUCAACCACUCACACCCGCCUUAUACACUGAUACAUAUCAACAGAUUAUUACAUACACACACACGCAGGCACCAGAGCAGAUAUGAGUGAGGAUAAACCAGCAGAUACUGUGGAAACUGCCCCAUCUGAGGUGAACGCUAUUCCUAAUGGAAAAGGUCACGAGGAGGAGAGCGCAGCAUCGGUCAAAACACCAUCUGCAGAGGCCGGGGAAAAUCCCCACAGAACUGAGAAUGCAGAGGCCAACCUCCCCGAGAGCCAGGAGUUCUUAUCAGCCAUGGAGGACAAGAAGACCCCUCGCUUUACAGAUUUUGAGGGGAAAACCUCGUUUGGGAUGUCUGUCUUCAACCUUGGCAAUGCCAUCAUGGGAAGUGGAAUCCUAGGACUGGCAUACGCUAUGGCCAACACAGGGGUCGUCCUAUUUUUGGUACUUCUAACAGUGGUGGCAGUCCUCUCGUCAUAUUCCAUCCAUCUCCUGCUAAAGUUGUCUGGUAUUGUAGGUAUUCGUGCGUAUGAGCAGCUCGGCUACAGGGCCUUUGGGACCCCGGGGAAGAUGGCAGCAGGUAUUGCCAUCACGCUUCAGAACAUUGGAGCCAUGUCCAGUUACCUGUACAUAGUCAAGUAUGAGUUUCCUUUGGUCAUCCAGGCCUUUCUGAUGGUGGAUGUACCUGCAGGUGAAUGGUACAUGAACGGGAACUACCUCGUGAUCAUGGUAUCUUUUGCAGUAAUAUUACCUCUGGCUCUCAUGAAACAGUUAGGAUACCUGGGAUACACCAGUGGCUUCUCCCUGAGCUGCAUGGUUUUCUUCCUCAUUUCGGUCAUCUACAAGAAGUUCAACACCCCGUGUCCAUUUGUGGACUUUUCAUUCAAUAGCACUGGCAUUGCGUUGAAUGUCAGUGCCAUGGAUCUUGGUGGGGAGCCUGAUCCGGCCUGUAUUCCCAAAAUGGCCAACAUCAACUCACAAACUGCCUACACCAUCCCCAUCCUGGCUUUUGCCUUUGUGUGCCACCCCGAGGUCCUGCCCAUCUACACAGAGCUGCGCAAUCCCACCAAGAAAAAGAUGCAGCAUGUGGCCAACAUCUCCAUUGCAGUCAUGUACGGCAUGUACUUCCUGGCUGCCCUUUUUGGAUACCUAACUUUCUAUGGUGAAGUGGAACCAGAGCUGCUUCACACCUACAGUCGCAUCGACCCCUAUGAUACUCUGAUUGUGUGUGUGCGUGUGGCUGUACUCACUGCUGUCACACUCACUGUACCCAUCGUGCUCUUUCCCGUGCGAAGAGCAAUCCAGCAGAUGAUGUUUCCCAACAAGACCUUCAACUGGCCCCGUCACAUCGCCAUUGCCUUCUUUCUGCUCACUUUAAUAAACCUGCUCGUCAUCUUUGCUCCCAACAUCCUGGGCAUCUUUGGGGUCAUAGGUGCCACAUCUGCCCCAUGUCUCAUCUUCAUAUUCCCUGCUGUCUUCUACAUCCGUAUUGUUCCCGAAGAAGAGGAGCCGAUGCGCUCAUUCCCCAAAGUGAUGGCGGCCUGUUUUGCUGGGAUAGGCAUCCUGUUUAUGAUAAUGAGCGUCAGCUUUAUCAUCAUUGAUUGGACAUCAGGCAACAGCCAAGCCAGCAGUGGUCAAUAGGCAACACCUUCCAUUUGUUCAGGUUUUUUAUUGUUGAUUUAGAUCAGUGUUGUGAUGUUUUUACUUUGAAUGAUGUUCGAUGUUGAAUAUGCCCAACCUUUUCCAUGAGGGAAUGUUGGCCACAGAGAAGGAGUCAGCAUGGCAGUUUCUCCAGAAAAGAUCUCAGUCUGAUGACGUUACACUGUUCUUACAUCCUGCCCAACAGUCACUGCAGAUCCAGGCCGGUCUACUGACUGGGAAAUUGAUAGUUGAAUUUACAAAAUAGGCCAGGUGCAUAAAGGUUAAUGUGCUUUGUGAGAUGGAUUCAAAAACUAAAUGAGUAACAAUAUAGAAAGCAGCUGUCAUUAUACGCUGGUCCCUGCAUUGGUUGUGAUCAACUUCCAUCAAUGUCUUUCCCUCUAUCAUCUGAAAUGUGCUACUCAGAUUAAAAUAGACCAUCUGAGUCACCUCCAUUUUAACUGUUGACAAAAAUCUCAAUGAUAGGCAAUUAUUAAUUAAUGAUUUUUUUGUCUAUUAUUAUCAGUAUUAUUAUUAGUUCUGAUUAAGUUAUUUGAAUUUCAUUUUGUGUCACUUUGUGCAGAUGAAAGUGAUAGUACUGUGCUAUUGCAAAGAAAGAAAGAUAAGUUAAAGGAAUGGUUUAACAUUUCUGGUAAAUACGCUUGAGUCAUACCACUCUCAAUGCCCUGUGCCGUAUAUUUGAAAUUAAAGUCAACAACUGGUUAAAUUUGCUUAGCAAAAAGACCAGAACAUUUUUAACUGUUUCUUCAGUGUGCACCCUUUCGCUCCACUUACGGUUAUUUUAAAGUUCCGAGUUGUCAACGCUCUCGCCUCUCUCACUUCAGAGCGGGUUUUAAACCACACAGACAGUAUGUGGUAAAUUGUUGUGAGCACAUUUAUCAAAACAUUCCUACAAAAUAUGAUGAUGUAUAUUUUUUAUUAUGAAUCACUACUUGAUACAACAACUCAGAACAGAAUUGAUUGAUUAUUCAGGUUAGAAGGAUUAUUCAAUGGCUCUCGUGUUUCCAGAUCACCACAGAGAACAAGGCCUUGUGUUGCAGUUUGUUUCCAGUGUUACUUUGUAAGUGAAAGAAAGAAAUGGUGCUGAAAACCUCAUCAGGUGGAUUGUAGCUCAAAGUGAUAAAUAAAAUGAAAAGAAAAAAAGUCACUAUCAACAGUGUUUGUAAUGGAGGGAAGAUUUCUUUACUGAAAGAUGUGUUGUUUCUGAACAUUUACUGGACGUAAUCAGAGAUAACCAAAACCAAAAUUCAACAGCAGGGUCACUUCAUGAAGUGCUUAGUAACAGUUUGGUGUCUGUAAAUAUGUCUGUGUCCAGCUCAAGCUUGAUCCCUAACAGAAAUGACAGACAUGGGAUGACUGUCUCUCACACAAUAUUGAAAAGUUUGUGGUUAGCAAUAGCACUUUCCGUUGAUAAGCACAACUUCUUGUUGCCAUUAAUACGAUUAAACACGAGCAAAUUUAAUUCCCAGAUUUGAUAGAUGUGAUUUAAGGGCAUGUCCCUUUUGUAUAAGUAAACAUUUGGUGAUGUAAUCAAUCUAAUGUAGAUUAUGAAGAAUUUAGCAAUGCAUUGAUGGUAUAAUAUGGACGUCUUCUCAUACAUGAAUUGAAAUAAUGUUAUGGUUAGUUUUCCUGUGCGGCCCUGCUACCGUUCGUUACCUCCUCUGGUCCGUUCUGUAGCUAAAACAACUAAUCAGUUGGAUGUACUGGUGUCCGUGUUGUUCAAGAAAACUAAAACAUGGCUCCACUGAAUUUAAACUAUCGUACCUAUAAGCAUUAGUGUUGAUAAACCUGGACCUGUACUCUGGUCAAGUAUAACUCUAGUGUUCGUCUCCUGCCAUUGAUGGAUUAACUGUUGUUUUCAACUUCAUGUUUAAUGUUUUUCCGGUUGAAUCUGAUCCAGUGAUGAAAUACAAAUCUUGUUAAGGGUUGAAUUGUGUGGGUUUCUUUUCUUACUUGUUAUUAUAGUCAAUGGCAUAUCAUCAGUGGUACAUUUUCAGUUGUUUCUGACUUGUUAACUCUGAGUUGUUUGUAAUCUGGUGUACUAGCAUAUAUUUCAAUAUAUUUUUUUAUGAUCAACUCUGUUACACCAGACAACAGUGAGUCACAGUGAGUCACUGUCCAGUCAAUUGGUCAACACACCUCUUUUAUUAUCUUUUUUCCAUUGUAUCUAAAUAUUUGGUUGUCUUGAUGUAAGUGUAUGCAGAGGGAAUCAUGUGAAUCAGCCAAUGUGGCAUAACAGUGUUUGGUGUUGUUUAACCAAUACAAGGGUUAUAUUUAUCCCAAACUUCCUGUUCCCUAUUUGACAUUGGUAAGUUUUGCAAUGGUGCAAAUGUAAAAACAUUUUAAACACACACAACAAUUGAAAUAAACAUGAAGCAACAAAGUGAGGGACACUGUUAUUGGCCGAUACAAGAUGAUCCCUGAUGACCUUAGAUCUCUGUAUUGUUAGUCUCCCUGUGUGUGAUUUAUUGAAAUGUGUAUGCUUGAAUAGUAACAGAUUGACAUUGGCCAGCAUUUAUAAAUAUUGUAUAUAGAUGUAUACCCUUUAUAUUCUAUAUGCAUAUCUAGUUUGUACAAUGUAGAUAGCUAUUAAAGUUUUAGUCCAAUUAAAAAUAAAAAUGUAAUCAUUUUCAAAGUGCUUUUAAAUUUCUUUGUGUUUCAUUUUAUGUCAAUGUUCUUGUAUCUCUUUGUAUUUUAAUAUGAUGCUGGCAGGUAUUGUACUGUAAACCAUGUUGCAAUAAAGAUAAUGAGGUAACAGAA